UUGUGGGAAGUUCAGUGGUGUAGUUAACGUUAGCUGACAUAGCUCUGGAAAAGCCUCGCCUGUGUUCCUCCGGUGCCAUGAGCACGAAGCAGUAAUAUUUGUUAGUUAAGUGGUGGCUGGGACGGCCCAGGAGCAGCGUAAGUAAGUGCAAGUAACAAAAGCUUGUGACUCCGUUAUCGCUCUCAAGCGUCCCUCAGCGGGUGAGCGCUGCCCGAACAGCAGGUGGUUGUCUGGUACCAGACAUGGCUAGGCAGAUGUCAGAAGGGCUGACAAGGUUCGUUGGGCUUAGACUUUGAGCAGCUGCACACGGCGGACCCUCCGAGCAGGCAGCUGCCCACCGGCAGGUAGUGGAUGCUGACCCACCCGUUGACGAACCCCAGCCUCUCCUGACGAGGGAAGAGAGGCGCGCGGGAAGUUUUGAAAUAACAAUAUUCAAGACUUCUAGAAUGAUAACCUUAGGAAUUGUGUCUUAUUGAGGAAGUUGCAAGUGCUGUCCUGCAUGAAAACGGUGAAGAAGGUGCCAUAAUCCUACACUAUAUUUUGUUCAUCAUUAUAACAAAAUGGGAGAGAUCAUUGAUCUCUACAAACAGCUCUGCAAGAAACAUAAUAUAGAGUUACAAGAAUGUGUCCAAAAAGCACUGAUGGGGAGCCCCAUGCUGAACUUAUCCAACCAAACAUUGGAUGUGGGGACGUGCGCCGUGGUGGGCAAGCUGAUACAGGUGUCGUCAAAAAUAGAGAAGGUAAAUUUUGAAGAUUGCCUGUUGAAAGAAGAUGGCAUCAAAUCAAUUCUGCUUGGCCUUUGUGGCAACUCCUCGGUGAAGACUCUGGUCCUUAAAGGAAACUGCAUCCAAGGCAACACCACAAUUGCUUUAGCUAAAAUGUUAAGGCAUAAUUCCACCAUUGUUAGAUUAUCUUUGGAGUGGAAUAACAUGGGGCUACAUCCAGAGUCUUUUGCAUCUUUCUGUGAGGCUCUCGCUAAGAACUCUACCGUACAACAUGUAGACCUAAGAAGUAACCAUUUGGGGGCAGAAUCAGCUGCUCCUCUUGCCCAAGUUUUAUUGAAGAACUGUGGCUUGACAUCCCUAGAUUUAUGCUGGAACAAUCUUGGUGUGUCUGGGGGUAAGAUUCUGCUUGAAAGUCUCCGUAAUAACAGAACACUAACGCGGCUCAAUUUGACUGGAAAUAAUAUCACCAACGACAUCAUUUCAGCUGUUGAUGCUCUGAUGAGUAAAAGUAAACUUGCAUCUGUAAAAGAAAAAGAGUACAUAGGACAGACAACCUUGCUGAAAGACCAGCUGGAGAGACACGAGCAAUACUCUGUUCAGCAAAUUAAGCAGCUGGAGGACAGCCUGGCCCAAAGAGACCUGACACUCAACAUGACCAUACAAGAGGGGGAGUUUCGGACUGGGAAACUGGAGGAGCAGUUGUCGCAUAAGUCCUUGGAGCUAAAAGCACUGCAAGCCAAAUAUGAGGUAGUCACUUCAGCACUUCACUUGAGUCAGGAGAGGGUGACUGCUGUGGAGGAGAGGAAUCAUUCUCUGGAGGAAGAACUCAAGUCAAGUCAAGAGGCAGCUGCCUCAGAAUACAAGAAAAUAAAAAAUGCCCUGGACACAGCUAACGAUCAGCACAGCGAGGAGGUGCACUCACUACGCAGCAACAUAACUCUACUGCAGAAAAAGGUUGGUGAACUGAAUGUAGAAUGUGACAGUGUAAGAAAACAAAAUUUUGACUUCAAAGAAACUACAUGCUCCCUGCAAGCAGAAAUAAAAGGUCUAAAAGUGGAGUGUGGGGAGAUGGUGUCUAAAGAGCAAGCAAAACACAAGGAGAUGAUGAAGAGCAUAGAGAAGCAGCACAGCUCUGAGAUACAACAGCUGAAGUCAGAUCACCGGCAGAUUGAGGCAGAAAUGAAGGGGAAGCUUGCCAAUGCUGAGACCUGGAAAACUGAAGCUCAAGCUGAGGUAGCCAGUCUGCAGACACAGCUCACUACUGAAAGAGCCUCAGCACAGGCUCAGUUACUGUCACUGAAAAGGCAACUCAAAGGAGAACAUGCUGCCAUUGUUCGAGGUUUAGAAGAGCAGCUGCAUGUUAUGGAGGAGAGUCGAAGUGAUGCAGAGGAGCGGCUCAGGAGUCAGGUUGUGGCCAAUUCAACUCUCAAGGCAACUAAUACCAAACUCACCUCCCACAUACAUGCUCUCAACAACGACAUAACAGAGCUGCAGGCUAGGGUGGAGAGCAGGGAAGGAGAAGUAAAAGCUGCUGAAAAGCAUAUUGCAGAAGAAUUUUCAGCUCAAAUAGAAGAGCUGCAACAAGAGUGCAAACAAAUUUCAAAACUGAACAACAUUAUCUCAGAGCAGAAGAGACUUAUCAGCGACUUGGAGCAUGAACGUGAUCUUCAUAAACGAGAGGCAAAGCUGAAAGAGGAGGAACUUAAGAAAUUCCAUGAUGAUGAGGCACGUAGGGUGGCCAUGCUGCACUCUGCCUUUGUGUCCUACUUCAGUUCCUCUCCUGGCAACUCACCGUCCAAGCUAAAGUGAAGCAUACAAGUGACUGUUGGACCAACCUGGUGAUGGUUGCAGGAUGUGCCACUGUUGAUGGAAUAGUUGGUUGGCCAGUUUUAGCUGAAGCUUCACCUGCUAUGUGCCUACAACAGUAAUAGCGUAUGUGCAGAUGGCUGAAACAAUGAAGCUUUGCUGGCGCACUCAGGCAAGGAAGAGGUGGUGAGAACAACUAGAGCAGGCAACCUCCUAAUGAGCCAACAGACUUUCUGUUGUCCAUUUUACCAUGUUUUCAUGUAUAGUCUGUUAAUUUGUAGCUUGCAAUGGGUUGCUUUGGUAAUCUUGUCACUGACUGAACAAUGGCUUAGGCAGGCUGUCUCUUGCCUGUCAUAGAAAACUGGUCUCUUAUCACCACAAGAUUUACUUUAUUCUCUGUAGCUGAUUUAUGUAAUGUAAUACUUGAUUCCCUCAUCAGUGAACAGUAGAAUAAUAGUGGAAUAGGAAAGUGUUGGAGAAAACAAAUUAACGCUUUCCUCUCUCUCUGUGUCCUGUCCUUACGAUAGGAAGUCCAAGUUCCAAGAGUCCUUCCGAGGGCUACUAAUCUUCAGUCACCACAGAGUGGUCGAAGAUUACUCACAUGCUGUCCAUCAUUUCAUCAACCCAAUAUUCAAAGUGACUUUUGCCAGAGGGACACCAUGGGAUUAGUAGGAAUAUAAAUUGUGUCACUAAUGGGUUUGAGUGGCCUACUGCUAUGCAGCUGCAGUUAAUUUUUUUUUACAAUUUUCACUGUGUGGCACAUUAAUUUCUCAAUGGCAGUAGCACUCAUUGUAGAUACUGUACAUAACCAUAUGCACUUGUUUGUAUGAUACACUGCUUGAGGUGCUUUCUGCUUCUGAUUUUCCAUGUGAUGGGAGGAUGGUGCCAUAGAUUGUAUGUGGGGGAUAAUGUCAUAAUGGAGGUACACACUUGCAAAUGUUUCUUUCUUCCAGGUUUUUGUCUUCCAGGUGGCACACACAAACUUGUACUCAAAAGCAUAUUCAGUAAUCUUUUCAAAACUUGUGAUCCUUUCCAUUACACUUUUUUCCCUUACAUUUCAUUUAAAGAGGACACUUUCAACUUGUAACAGUGUGACUUUUCCGGUAAUAAUAAAAUGUUAGAGAGAAGUCGGUGAACAAGGGGGAGUAGACAUAUUUACAGUAUGACAUCACACUAUUGCUGCAGCAACAGAUAACUUAAAAUAUCUAACAGGCAUCCAGAGCCAAAUAGUGAGUUAACCCAUAGCUUACUUUUAGCAAAUCAUAUAUGAAAACUGCCAGAUAUUUAGAAUAAACAUGCUCAUCCUUACAGCCACUGAUUGAGGUUGGUAAGCUGAAGUUCAACAAUAAAAAGAACAUAAAAUAUUGAACCAAAUAAAUACGGGCAUCCCACAUUAUACGAUUGGGGUAUGGUUCUCGAGUGGUUUAAUGAGGAAAUCUUCCAAGUCACAUGUACUCAAUAGCACUUAUUAAUAAUAAUAAUUAAACAAAAGUAGUGUGCCAUGUUCACUCCUUGACCUUCAUGAUGAUGCUUCACUUAUUAUCGGGCUUUUCUUUUGCCCUGGGCACUGGUAGAUUCAAUUCCACUACUUAUGCCAAGAUGCCCUUAUUGCUGUAACAGAAUAACAAGACAGGGAGCAAAAAACACUAAAGGAAAUACAUGUGUUUGACAGCAGAUUGAGACUCUCCCCUUGAUCUCCCGUGUGGCAUAGCAAUGACGUGAUUCCACCACCACUGAGCAGCUUAAUGAUCACGUGAUUAUACCACCAUUGUAUGGCAUAGUAAUCAUGGGAAUGGAUAACUGACCAAAGACAGCUCAUAAAAUCGAUCGUAGGGGAUCAUGUAAGUGAUUGAUCGUAUAACAAUGGUUGCUCGUAUAUUUUACAAUGUUAGUAGUACCUCAUUGGUUGAGCAGUAGUCUUUUCCAAAUUCAUGGGAUUAGGAGUAAGGAUCCACACUGAAUGGAAACCUGUCCACGUGGAUUUUCAAGGCUUUUGGCUCUAGAUGCUUCACACUGUGUGGUGGUCUAUUUUCCAGUAAGCUUGCAAAGCUGGUUUUAAUCAAGAUUUCAUGAUCUAAGAAGCAUAAUACAUACACUUGCAACAUUAAAAUUUAAGUAUUAUUUACAGAUCAUAAAAAUACUAGGAAGUUGAGCUGGGUAAAAUUUACCGACAAAACAUCCAAUCAUAAACAGCUGCCAAUUUGCAAUAUCAUCAUCACAACUUCAUUUCUCACAUAAGCAGGUUGUGGAAAGUAAAAGAUUUACAUCACUUUCAUUGGGAAAGGAGGUCAAAGGAAACAAGUGAAAAAAGGUUAUCGCGACUAGUUUCGCAAAGGAACUUCUUCAGGGCAAGCAGCUUAGCAAAACUACUCGGGAAUAUACUCACCUCUUUGCACCCGUGUUUCCUUUUACCUCCCUUCUCACCCUGUUGAAAAUGUUCCAAUACCCAUCACUUACUUUAAAUAAAUUAUUUACAAAAGUUAAAAAUAAUAAAUCAUAGAAAUAUUCUAUUACCGAAAAACAUACUCCUGGAGUACAAACAAGAUAAAAAAUAAAAUACUGCAGUAUUAAAUUUUCAACCCAUCUCUGAAGAUUACAACUGCAUAUAUUAUAAUGCAAUAAUACUAUGACUUAACUAUUUUGAAGAGAAAAAGAGCAGAAGGAUCCCACAACCAUUAGAAAUGUGCGUGUGUUCACAGGACAGGAAUACUCAGGUCUCUACGUCUGGAAAAGAAGAAAAAGUUGUUGAAGGAUGAAAAUAUAAAAUAUACAGUAAAAAGGGAAACAAGAGAAGCUGGAAAGUUGAAAUAAAAAAUGACAAGAUUCAAGAGUAAUCAAUACUCAUCAUUAAAUUUAUCUCCAAGAUUACAUCACUACCAGGGCAACCAAACUUCAUCUAUAGGCAGAAAUGUGCUAUGAAAAAGACAAACAAAUGGAGGAAAGACAAUUAGAGAAAUGGAUCAAACUACACAUGCAUGUCCCUUUAGUACUAUUGUUUCAGGCAUAUAAACAAUACUAGCAAAGGUACUAGCAUCACUUCAACUACUCAAGAUAACAUAAAAUGAACUCAAUUAUUUGUUAGAUGGAAGUUCUAAGUAUCAUUCUAAUAUAUUUGAUGUGCAAGUUUGGUUAUGAGGUUAAUGAGGCAAAAGAAAAUGUUAAAUGGAUUCUUGGAAGGAAAUUAAUAACAAAAAAGUCCAAUUUGGAAACUACUUCCAGGUGAAAUACAUAAUAAGUAAUGCAGCCAAUAUGAAGAGCCAGUACAAAAAUUGAAUGUUCCCUACUGAAGACAACAGAUGGUAAAAAGAUGAAGAGUACAAAAAUGGAAGUGACAGUACGGUAAGGUUCAAAGCAAUGGUAAUUCAAUCUGACACACGGCAAGGUUCAAAGCAAUGGUAAUUCAAUCUGACACACGGCAAGGUUCAAAGCAAUGGUAAUUCAAUCUGACACACGGCAAGGUUCAAAGCAAUGGAAAUUCAAUCUGACAAUGCCACAACAGCUGAAUGCAGCAGAUAAGUAUGGAAGACCCACACAAGGCAUGAACAUGAGGCUUGAGAAUAAGUGAGAAAAUGUCACCACUGAAAGUUGUCUUCAUCUAUUUCAAGAAAAGAGUAUCAAGGCACCUCUCAAACCACGUUUUUAAUGAUCUUUUCCGAUUCUCUUAGGCUCGCUUCACAAGAGCAAUUUUUUCCCAUAGUAGGGUGUCAAGAAGGCAUGUCUUCACAAGUGCAUAAUUAUCCCACAAGGUAUGCCUGAAGCAGUGCACAGAUACCUCUGCAUCUAUCUAUCUAUCAAUCAAUCUAUCUAUCUACCUAUCCAUCUAGUAUCUGCCUAUAUAAAAAGCUAAAGUAUGAUUUGCUAUUAUGAUAAUUUGUACAACAUCAAGGGUAGGCGGUGGCUGAAGUGGUAGUGAUGAACGACGCGAGUUCGAAUCCCCACGCUACCACCUCGGAUUUUUCAGUCACCGCCGAGUGGCUUAAAACUACCCACAUGCUGUCCUGAAGACCACCCAUCAACCCAGAUUCUAGAGGAAACCGUCCAAGAAUCAAGAACGAGUUCCGGGGGGGCAGCAUGAGCCAAGUGAAGAUGGUGCCACUAUAAACACUUGCCUGCGCCAUGAUGGGCUGGGGCCGAAUACCAUCCAGGCCCCUCAAGCAAGCCUAUCGGCGCAAUAGGUGGAGACAUAAAAAAAAAAUAAUAAAUAAAUAAAAAUAAAAUAAAUAAAAAAAAAUCUCAAUAAUAAAAAAGGAGGAACAGCACCCUGGCCCUAGCACAGAUGAACCGUGACCAUGAGUCCACGCCUGCCAUGCGGGAAAAACCCGCCCAUCUGAAGUACUCCAUAGACCUCCAUGGUAUUCUAAAACACUCGGUGUGGGUUAGCAGUACAAGUGGCAGGUGAAUCUGAUGCGUGGACAGCGUGUAGAGGGUCUAAUUGAACUCCGUGUAUUUCUAAACUGCGCGGGAAAAAAAAACUCAUGUGAAGCAAGCUUUAUAUUUUUCUUUUAGGGAGCACAAGCCUUAAACUUUCCUUUUAGGGAGUAGUAAUUCUGCAGGCUUUCUUUCUUUUUUCUUUUUUGAUUGCUUCAAGUUGGAAAAAAAAAGGGGGGGGGGGGGGGGCAACGGUACCAAUGAGUCAAAGGAUUUCUAAGCUGGUGACUUGUUUCCCACUUCUAACUAAAGCAGCAAAACUGAAAGCUCAUUUACAAACUGCUGUUCAACAAGUGAUGCAACAAGCAAUGUUUUGACACUUGGUAAACUUAUUAUUGUGAUGACUUGCUGCCAUAUGUUACAGUAGACUUACUGCUUCUGCAUCUGUUGCCAUCUUCAAUUAAGUGAUUAUAUUUCCCUUAUCUUCCCCUUUUCCUGCUGGCAGGUACUGCUGUUUUCAGAAGUCAUCUACUUUGUGGCUCUAGAAAGCAUGAAAUGCUAUUCUGAUAUCGUGCUAAAUUUAAUUCCUGUUACAAAAUGUAAUGACUCAAAGGCAAGACAUUAAACCUGGAUAUUGUAUUAUAAUAUACUGGAGGAAAAAAGCAUGGGGUAACUAUAAUAAAUACUUGGGAUGAUGCAAGACUAUAAAAAGUCACAAUGAAGUGUUAUAAGAAUCAAUCUAAUAGACUACCAAGAAAUUCAAAUAGUAGAAAAAUAUAUAAUUAACAUGCAAGUUUUAUAUGUAGAUGUCAUAAAUUAAAGAACAUGCAUCUAUUAAAAAAAAAAAAAAAAAAAAAAAAAAACAUUCAAACAAA